GCCUCGCGGCCGGGGGCUGGAGGACGCUAACCGGAGGCUGGCGGGCCAGACUGACGCUCGGCCUCAACGAGGGAGGCGUGCGGAGGGCAUGGCGCUGGCGCGGGCCUGGAAGCAAAUGUCCUGGUUCUACUACCAGUAUCUGCUGGUCACGGCGCUCUACAUGCUGGAGCCCUGGGAGCGGACUGUGUUCAAUUCCAUGCUGGUUUCCAUCGUGGGGAUGGCCCUGUACACCGGCUACGUCUUCAUGCCUCAGCACAUCAUGGCGAUACUGCACUACUUUGAACUUGUACAGUGACCAAGACGUGACCCAAAUUGAGCGGCUCUUUGGGGAAGGACCAUCCUCUGAAGUUGGAAUGAAACCUCAUCAGAUGUCAUAAGAAACUCUACUAGAUGUCAACACAACCAACCCUAUGAAUAUAAAGACUAAAAUUCAUGAGUAGAACAGGAAAAUGAUCCUGACUCAUGUGUUGUGUUCUUUAUUUUUAAUUUUAAAAGAGGCUCUUGUAUAGUAGUUUUUGUCUAUUUUAACAUUGUAGUCAUUUGUACUUUGAUAUCAGUAUUUUCUUAACCUUUGUGACUGUUUCAAUAUUACCCCGUGAAAGCUUUUCUUAAUGUAACUUUGAGUACAUUUUAAUUGCCUUCUAUUUCUAAAACCCAAAGUCAUUAGCUGGGCUGUACUGUUCUCGCUCUCGUAUGGCACAUACAUCUGCCUGGAUAUAUUUCUACUCUGGACCAAAGUUUUGUAAGAAACAAUACAAGAUCCGGGGCGGGGGAUGGGGAGGGAUGAUAUUUUAUCGAGAACUAUUUGCAAAAGACUUACCUGUAAGUUUGAACUCAGGAGUAUGGUUUUAGCUAUCUAGACUCUACUCUUAACAGCUUUUGCUUUAAAAUUACUCAAGUAUUUCUUAACAAUGAAAAAGAAAGAUCUUGCUAAAGUUAAAAUAAGGAACAUUUCACCUUUUAAAUAUUCAAUUCUUAUGCGGACUCCUUUCCAGAAAACUUUGGUGAUGAUUCUUAAUGACAAAAGGUGGUUAAAUAGCAUUAUUAUGUAAUGCUUAUAUACCAUAGAGUUUUUAGGAGAAAGUAAAUCAGUUGCCUCUGAGGGUUAUUGUAAGCAAUGUACUUCCUUAAAUUUAGUUUCCUGAUUGUAAUGGGUGCUGCAGAUGCAUUUGCACAUUGCAAUAAGAUGAGAUGAAUUGUUAAAAACUAUAGCAAAAAGAAAUGUAAACUUGGUUAAAAUCCUUUCACUCUUUGUAUUUUUUUUAAAGAUUUUUAUUCCUUAAAUGUAAAAUGACUACCUGAUUUUUUGAUGUAAACUCAUUAAAUUCAAAGAAAAA